AUGGACGCCGAUGCUGAGCUUGGAGAGGCGCUGGCCAUUAUGUUCACGGUGACCGCUUCUGGGCUUUUGGUCAUCAUCAUCGGCAGUGGAGUUCGUCGUCUCAGAACCCGGCGCAGCAUCUCCGCUCUUCUAUGUAGUGUUCUUGCGGCGUUCUGGGCGUGGGGCUUGAUCAGGGUAAAGAGGUUGAGCUUCUGGCUCCAGCGCAAUGGCCCCUCCGACCAAACGUUUCCGUUGAUGCCAAUACAUUUGUUCGAGAUCGUGUCAUCUCUGAUGCUGCUUUCUAAUAACACUGCUGUCUCAUAUUAG